AUGUUAUAUUAUUUUUUUUUUUACUUUUUACAAUUUUUAAUUUUAAUUAAUAUUUAUAUUUCACAAGAACAAAACAAUGAGAUAUUUUCUUUUAUAUACGAACAUCUUUCAACUCUAUCUGAUUACGAUCCAUCCUGUAGCAUGGAUAUGAAUAAUUUGGAAAAUGUAGGAAGUUUAGAUAAUGGCGACUUUUAUGAUACAAGAAAUGUUUUUAAUGACGUACGUUUAAUUCUAAAUAUCGAUGAGAAAAAUUCUGAUGUGUCUUCUGAGAGAGAUUAUUCAACUAUUUAUACUUUAGAAGAGCCUAAUGACAUAGGUUUAAUGCAUUAUGAAGAUAUAGAUUAUGGAAACAAGUGUACACUAGAAAACUUCGUUAAUGAAUCACAAGGUACAAUCCUAGAUAACAAAGUGGAAAAUCUCUGUUUUCCUUUUCAACAAGAACAUUCAACUAUGCAUACAAGAGAAUCUUCUAAUACAGGUUUAAUGGACCUACUAGGCGAAAAACACGAAAAUUCAUAUAAUUCACAAAAUAUAUUUAGUGAAGUACAAAGUGCAUUACAAGGCAUUCAAGUAGAAUAUUUAGAUUUGCCUUUUCAACAACAACAUUCAACUAUUCAUACGACAAAUUAUCCUAACAUAGACUUAAUAAACAUGCAAAACGAAGAAUCUCAAAAUCUACAAACUUUACAAAAUGUUUUUUGUUAUUCACCAUAUUCUUCUGCAUACAAAAAUGGAGGAUUUCUUGAUUUACUCUUGAGAGAAGAAAACUUAACUACUAAAACUAAUGAAGAACUACCUGGAACAAGUGUAAUGCACAUGGAAGAUGUAAAACAUCAAGAAUCUAUUAAACCAGAAAGUAGUUUUUCUUGUUUUUCAAAAAAUGAAGAAAAAUCAUAUUCAGUAUAUACAGAUAAACAUAAAUUAGAGAAAGGUAUAGAAGAUGGAGAAAAUAAAGAAAAAACUGAUGAACAAAUUUUAAAAGAAAUUUCUCAAUACAUAGAAGAUUUUUGCAAGGAUUUACGUAAUAGCGAUAGCACCUUGUAUAAUAGUAGUAAUGAGGAAAAAUCCAGCAAAAAAAAAUCAAUGAAAAGAAAACAUGAAGAAAUUGAUAACAUGGAUGACGAAGAUAUUGAAAAUUUUCUUUGUAUUUACUCUAUAGAAAACAAUGAUAAUUAUGAAGGUUAUGAAAAUUUAUUAUAUUUUCUUUUAGAUAUUUUUCAUUUGGAGUCUAAUGAAAUACCUAUUGGUAUAGUUUCAAAUUUAGAAAAAAUGGUAGAUUAUUUAAAAAAUGGAAACAUAAUAAAAAAUUUAGAAAAAAAAUUGAAGACAAAUAUAAUUCCAUUAAAAGAAUAUAUAACUGAGGAACUACAAAAAAUUGAUAAGUUUGAUUUAGAAGCAAUGAAAACAUAUUAUACCGGUCUUCCAAAAAACAUUAAAUUAAAAAAAAAAAUUUAUAGUUAUAUUAAUUCAUUUCAGCAUACUAUAAAUUAUGAACUUAAUAAUACAAAAGAAAUACAUAAUAAAAUAAAUAUAUUUUUAAAAUUUCUUAAUAAUUUAUUAUCUGAAGUUGAAUUUAUAAGACACGCAAAUUUUUUUAAAUCAAUAGUUAUGAAUGACGCUAUACUUAAUAAAUUAUUUCUUAAUGGACGUAUUCAAUCAUUUGGUAAUUUCAAACGUUUUUUUAAAUUAUUUAAAAUAAUGGAUGAUAUAAUAAAAUAUAAAGAAGAAUCACUUAAAGGUAGAUUUAUAUCAGAUUGUAGCUCUGAAAUAAAUCUAUCACAAAAAAAAAUAUGUAAAUGUAAUGAAAUAUUAUGCAAAAUUAUUAAAAUAAAUUUUACAGAACUUCGCAAUAUUUUGAAUAUACUUAAUUUGUCACAUGAUAACUAUAAUAUAAUAGUACAAAUUAUUUUUCAUUUUUUUAUUAAAGAAAAUAUGAAAAAUAUAAAAUAUUUAGGAGAAUACAUAAAUAAACACCAUGAAAUCAAUUAUGCAAAUUUUUUAAAAGAGUUUUUAUUAAAGGAAAAAAACAAUAUUUCAAAAUAUUAUGAAGAAGCUUCCAAAUUUCUUAAUUUAGAUUUGAAUGACAAAAUUAAAGAAAGUAUAAUCUUCAAUGAUUUAACAAAAGAUGAAAAGAAAAAGAAAUAUUUAGCUUUUCUUCAUAAAACUCUUAUGAAUUUAAUUGGAAGUGCAUACCUUAGGAAACAAUUAUGCCGCAUUAUGAACAUACGAAAAUCAUUAAUAGAGAUAAGUUCAAGUAAAAUAAGAAAAAGUAUUUUAGAUAAAUCAAAAAAAGAUUUAUCGAAGAAUUAUCAUUUAGAUUUACUUACAAAGUUAGAAUCUGAAAAAAGUAAAUUGGAAAAAAUUAAAUUAAAUAUAAAAAAUAUACAUUCAUUUUUUUAUUUAAAAGAAAUUAUAAUAAAUAUUUAUAUUGAAACAGAUAAUUUAAAACAAAAAAUAUUAGAAAUGAAAUCAAUUUUUAAUUUCAUUAGUCGCUUAAUAAGUGAAAAUGAACGUAGAAAAUAUUUAAAUAAUAAAAAAUCAUGUAAAAUGAAAAUUAUAUUGUUCUCACUAUAUUAUAUCAACCAAAAACUAGAUGAAUUUUUUGAAAAUUAA